UUUCGGCCUUUGUCAGAUGUAAUUGUUACGCAUUACAUAAUUGUAAAAUACAAAAUUCAAAAAUAGUAACCAAAUGUUUCGUUCUUUAUCCGUGCUGAUGUUCAAUACUUCCCAAAUAGAGGCAAAUCUCUUCGGCAUGGCCGACGAUGUGUACAAUACCAUUGAGAUCUUCAAGGAGGCUGCCAGAUUCGAGGCUGAGAUUGGAAGACCCUAUAGAAUGAUAUCGAGCUUUAUAGACUGCUUGGUGUUCAUGGUGGUGGCUCUAAUGGUGGUCGGUUUCGUCAUGCACGAUCGCAUUGUGCUGUUCGGAAAACUGGCUAGAAUCAAUCAGAAAAAUAACCAAGACGGGAUGGUAAAAGCAAAAGGGAUUCGGAAACCCAAACAAACUGCGUCUGGAGCUGCCGUGGAUCAAGCAGAUGAAGACGGAAAUAGCGUAGCAAAUUCCGGAAAUGCAACAGAUGACGAUGUCGCUACCAUUCAACCCAUUGACGUUGAAGAUAAAGCCGCAAUGGUCGGAACUCCCGAAUGGGCCUUUAAAUGGCUAUCCACGAUAAGAAACAAAAGUUUCGGAUCGAUUUACGAUGGGUGGUUCCGGUAGAUUCAUUCUACACGUCAUGCAAUGUAA